CUGUGAAUUUCUUCACCUUCUAUUCUAUUACUUGUCCAUUCCUCUGCCCUUUUAUUUAGCUUACCUCCUUCGCUCACACCUUACACAAUAAAGGUUUACAUUUUAGCAGCGAUAAAUGUAAAAGCAGCAGCAGCAGCAGAAGAAGAAGAAUAGUUUACUCCAAAAACCCAUCCCAUCCAAAAUCCCCACGUCAUAAGGAGCCUCCCCGGCCUUUAUAUUUCCGCCCUGUUCACUCCACGUGGCCAUUCUUCUCAUUCACUCUCUUUUUCCCAUCUUCUUGAAACGGAAGCGUUCGCAGAAUCUCUCUUUCUUUUCUUUUCUCUUCUAUUUUUUUCGUUUUAAUUCUCUUCACUCUUUAAUAAGAUUAAACCCUUUUAAUUUCAAAGAAUUAUUAUUAGCCUUCUGUUAGGUGCGCCUCUUCUCUCAGUUUCUUCUUCUUUCCUUUUUUUUGGUUUUGAUUGGAUCGAAUAUGUCGAAGACUAUUUUGGUGACCGGCGGAGCCGGUUAUAUCGGGAGCCACACGGUGUUGCAGUUGUUGUUAAGCGGUUACAAAACGGUGGUUGUUGAUAAUCUCGACAAUUCCUCGGAUGUUGCUCUCAAGAGAGUCAAAGAACUCGCCGGUGAAUUCGGCAGGAACCUUUCCUUUUAUCAGGUGGACCUUCGUGAUAGAGCAGCCAUUCAAAAAGUAUUUGCUCAGACAAAAUUUGAUGCUGUGAUUCAUUUUGCUGGACUAAAGGCAGUUGGUGAAAGUGUAAGUAAACCAUUGCUCUAUCAUGACAACAAUAUCGUUGGGACAAUUACCCUGUUGGAAGUCAUGGCUGCACAUGGAUGUAAAAAUCUUGUCUUUUCAUCAUCUGCUACUGUUUAUGGCUGGCCAAAGAAGGUUCCUUGUACAGAAGAGUUCCCCCUGUCUGCAGUGAAUCCAUACGGACGAACCAAGCUUUUCAUUGAAGAGAUUUGCCGCGAUCUCCGGAAUUCUGAUUCUCAGUGGAAGAUCAUACUACUAAGAUAUUUUAAUCCGGUUGGUGCUCAUCCCAGUGGCCACAUAGGUGAGGAUCCCCGGGGUACUCCAAACAAUCUCAUGCCCUUUGUACAACAAGUUGCUGUUGGUAGGCGGCAAGCAUUGACAGUGUUUGGAAAGGAUUAUUCAACCAAGGAUGGUACCGGGGUUCGUGAUUACAUCCAUGUUGUUGAUUUAGCAGAUGGCCACAUUGCUGCAUUAAAAAAACUAUCUGAUCCUAAAAUAGGUUGUGAGGUAUACAACUUGGGAACAGGAAAGGGAACAUCAGUUUUAGAAAUGGUUACUGCAUUUGAAAAGGCAUCGGGGAAGAAAAUCCCUCUUCAAAUAGCCGGACGUCGACCCGGCGAUGCCGAAGUCGUUUAUGCUUCAAUAAAAAAGGCCGAGACUGAAUUGAAAUGGAAAGCAAAGUAUGGCAUUGAAGAGAUGUGCAAGGAUCAAUGGAACUGGGCCAGUAAGAACCCAUUUGGAUAUGGAUCUCUUGAGUCAAAAAAAUAGGAUACCUACAUAAUUUUUUCAUACCCACAUCAUUCUUUUUAUCCCAUUUUUUUAGCUUAAUUUUUUUCCUAAUUCUUUUUACUAUUCACAGGUGUUUUUUAACCUUGUUAAAGUCAAUAUUGAUUCCAAUAAUUAAUUUGGAAACACUCUCUUUUGUCAUUUUUAUAGAAUUAAAUUUUGCAUUUUACUCUUAUAUUAGUACCCUGUUUGUGUACAAUGUAAA